AACUUUUCAUAUCACCAUCUCUGAUAAAGCUUCAAGGAUAUCGCAAACAAGUCAAUUCCGCUUAAAGACCAGAUCGACUCUCCUCCUGUCUCGGUGAUGUAAUCUCAAACAUCGUCCUCCCUGGCUACUUACGUAGCUUCCUAGCUAAAGACCUUCAACCUCGACUCCUAUAUCAAGCUCCUCCAUCAACAAUGCCAACCCUCACAAUGUCCGACGCUCCACCCCCAACAGCAACCGUCAUAGCGACAACCUCUGACCCUCACUCCCCUUUACUCAUCGCCUGGGACGUCGUAUCAGCCACCUUCCGCUUCAUCUACUCCUUCAACUGGUCACUCUACAUUUCCCGUCUCUUCCGCGUGCUAUCAUUUCCCUUUCGCCUCAUCCUCAUACCCUUGGGAUUCGUUCAAAAUGUCAUUCUUGUCCUCCUUGCUCCCCUGAUCUACAUCAUCUCUUAUUCUCUAGCUGGCAUUCGCGCCGUUGUUGAUUUUCUUGUGAGCCUUGAGCCACUAUACACCUUUUUUGGCGCUGCUGCAGGCGUGGGAAUUUUUGCUGGCAUCGCUCUGGCAAUCUGCUCCUCCCUCAUCACCACUCAUCUUGGAAUGCAAGAUGACGAUACGGCAUCGGAGUGGUCAGCCUCAAAGCAGAGCCUCGCCAUUGACACGGGCAGCCGGCGAGAUUCAUCGGGUAAUGAGCUAGAGUGGCAAUGGCUUGACUCGCCUAGUCACAGGCGUCGACCAGCCGGUGGUUUGCUCUCGCAGACGAUUCACGAGGAGGAUGACGACUCGGAAUACUAGUCCAUAUGAAAUGAGGGCACAGAAGACAGGGCAGAUACUACCAAUACCAG